GUAAACUUGCACGAAUUUCAUGCCAGUAAACACACGUGAGAUUUUAUUUUGAGGUUAACUUUUUGACAAUCCUCUUGACAUCAAUAUAAGUAAUGUUUAAUUAAUUAUUUGUAUCAAUAAGAAAAAAUAAAUAAAAUGACGAAAGUUCACACUCGUUAUUUCCAAAAGGAUAACAAUGCUAAACCAAAAGGCAAAGGUAAAAGAUCCAGAAGAAAGUCUGAUAAUCCUGAAAAUAAAAUUAAAAAGAUAAGCAAAACACUUACAGCCAAUGAUGUUUUAACAUACAAAGUAAAGCCAAUAUCUUUACGACAGUUAAAUAGUCAAAAACUGCAGAAUAAAAAGAAAACUAUUGCGAACGGUAAACCAGUACCUAAGUUAAAAAAAUUACCAAUUGAUCCAGAAUCUCUAGAGCGACACUCUAGAGGUGUAGGUCUCGAGGGCAAGGGAAUUAAAACAAAACAUCAUGCAAUCAAAUUGAAGCGAAAAGAAAAACUUAUUGCAAAUGCCCAAGAAGAAGCUGCUCAUGCUGAGAUAUUACUAACAGAAUCGGCAGGCUUUUUAGAGGCGGAUGAUGGCGAAAGAACUACACAAUUCACACAGAAACAGAUUAUAAAAGAGGUAGAUAUAAGUGCCGCCACCAAACAUUUUGAGUUAACAUUGGAUCAGUUUGGACCUUACAGAAUGAAAUACAAUAGAUCAGGAAGAUAUUUAUUAUUAGGCGGGCAUAGAGGACAUCUUGCUGCAUUUGACUGGGUAACAAAAAAAUUAUUAUGCGAAAUCAAUGUGAUGGAAUCUAUAUAUGAUAUAAGCUGGCUACAUAUAGAAACAAUGAUGGCAGUGGCUCAAAAAGAUUGGGUUUACAUUUAUGAUAAUCAAGGAAUUGAAUUGCACUGCAUCAAACGCCUUAAUAAAGUGCAGCGCAUGGAAUUUUUGCCUUAUCACUUUUUACUAGCAACAGCUAGUGAUGAUGGUUUUUUAUCUUGGCUUGAUAUCUCAAUUGGUGAAUUAGUUACAAAAUACAAUACAAAUCUUGGCAGAUUAAAUAUAAUGACUCAAAAUCCAUAUAAUGCACUUUUAUGUGUUGGGCAUGCACGAGGAGUAGUCAGUAUGUGGUCUCCAAACACCAGAGAACCAUUAGCUAAAAUGUUGUGCCAUAAUGGUCCAUUAACAUCUGUUGCAAUAAAUCCUCAAGGAACACAAAUGGCAACAUCUGCUGUUGAUAAAUCAAUUAAACUUUGGGAUAUAAGAAAACUAUCAGGUCCUUUACAGCAUUACAAGUUAAGGGGUUGUCCAACAUCUUUAUCAUUAUCUCACAAAAGCGAUAUGAUGGCUGUUGGCAUGGGUAACAUUGUUGAAGUGUACAGGGAUUCUUCUCUUGACACUACUGUGCGACCAUAUUUACGCCAUAAAAUGGAAACAUCUGUGCAAACAUUACAAUUUUGUCCUCAUGAGGAUAUAUUGGGUGUUUCUGCUUCGAAAGGCUUCACAUCAUUAUUAGUUCCUGGAAGCGGUGAACCUAAUUUCGAUGCUCGUGAAUGUAAUCCAUUCCAAACUAAGUCUCAAAGAAGAGAGGCCGAGGUCCAUGCAUUGCUUGAAAAGAUACCUGCUGAUCUUAUUACACUUGAUCCCAACAGCAUUGCUGAAGUAGAUGUUCCCACAUUAAAGGACAAAAUUGAGGCAAAGAAAAAGCUUCUGUUUUUGAAACCGCCAAAGGUUGACUACAAACCUAGAAAUAUUGGUAAGAGGAGAGGUGCAUCAGUUCGAGCUGCUAGAAAUAAGAAAAUUGUACAAGAAGUACAUAAAAAGGAAUUUAUUAAGCAAAUGAAGGAAAUCAAUCCAUUAAAUGAACUAUCUGACAAGAGUAGUAAUUCUAAACAGGAAAAUGCAAAUAUUUUAGACAGGUUUAGAACGAAAAAGAAAAAUUAAGUUUGUAAAAUUGACUUAAAUUAUUUUAUUAAAUAAAUAAAAAAUAUCACAAAUUAU